GGUCAGCCUGGUGAGCUGGGAGCUCAAGGUCCGAUUGGGUCCUUAGGAUCUACAGGACCAGCUGGUCUGCCAGGGGAAAAAGGACAGAGAGGUGAGAACGGGCAGCCUGGGCCAGCUGGAGAAAAAGGUGAUAAGGGCCCAACUGGAGUCCCAGGAUUUCCCGGUUUAGAUGGCGUUCCUGGAUUACCAGGACGCGAAGGACCCAGGGGCAAGCCUGGUUUAGAUGGCUGCAAUGGCUCAAGAGGAGAUCCAGGAUUUCCAGGCGAAAAUGGCUAUAGUGGACCAAGAGGUCCUUAUGGCAAUCCAGGACAAAAAGGAGAAAAAGGAAAUUCAGUGUAUGUUUCACAUUUUGGAAGAGGACCUCCAGGAGACAGAGGGGAUCCUGGCCCACCUGGCAUGCCCGGACCUAGAGGGGCAAGAGGUGCAACGGGUCCAUCUGGAUACCCAGGCCAACCAGGUUUGCCGGGUAUUCAAGGUUACCCUGGUUUGCCAGGUGAACAGGGAAAUCCAGGUAUUGGAGUGGACGGACAAAAGGGGGAGCCGGGUGAUGUUGGACUUCCUGGGCCACCUGGGUCACCACUAUUAGUUGGACCUCCUGGAGCUCAGCUGCUGAAAGGAGAAAAGGGCCAGAAAGGACUACCUGGGAUAACAGGAUAUAGAGGGCCACGUGGACCCAAAGGUAUACUUGGAAGAGGAGAAAAGGGUGAAAAAGGUAUUCCUGGAUUCCCUGGAUUGCAGGGUAAUCCUGGUUCUUACGGACCUGCAGGUUUUCCUGGAAUGAAGGGGGAAACAGGAUUUGCUGGUUUUCCUGGACAACCUGGCUAUCCAGGCAUACAGGGGGAUCCAGGAGAAAAAGGGCCCCCAGGUCCUCCUGGAGCUGUUGGAACUCCACUGCUUCCUAUAAAAGGUCCACGAGGAGAUCCUGGAUUUCCGGGUCCUGCUGGUGAUAUGGGGUCAGUUGGACCAAUCGGUCCUGCAGGCCUGCUAGGAAGACCAGGAGAUGAUGGAACAAGUCUGCCUGGCCUGCCAGGACUAAGUGGGGCACCAGGACCUCAAGGUUUUCAAGGUGACCCUGGUUUCCCUGGAACAGGUGAAUCAAUCCCUGGAAGACCUGGAUUUCCUGGACCACCAGGCCUACCAGGACAGCGAGGAAGACAAGGCUUACCUGGACUCCCCAGUGUAAUCUGUACUGACAGAGGGAUCCCUGGAGAACCUGGAGCAAAAGGUCAGAUAGGCCUUCCGGGAAGAAAAGGUGAAAAAGGAGAAAAGGGAAAUCAAGGCCUCUGCUCAUGUAGUGCCGGUCCUCCUGGUCCCCGUGGUAUGCAAGGACUUCCAGGUACUCAAGGAAAGAAAGGACAAAUGGGAUACCCUGGAAGACGUGGGGAAAAGGGUGACCCAGGCUUAUCUGGUACAGUGGGAUCACCAGGGCUCCCUGGGACACCUGGUUCUGCUGGACAACAUGGUGAAAAAGGACAGAAGGGUGAUCCAGGAAGAGUUAGAAUAAAAGGAAUAAAAGGUGAAAGAGGUCCUACUGGUGUUCCAGGAUUUCCAGGCCAAAGAGGUAAUGAUGGCAGAGAUGGGGAACUAGGAUUGCCUGGGGAAAAAGGAGCUGAGGGUGAUUCUGGAGUACCACUGCCAGGUGAUAAAGGAUUCCAUGGGCUCCCAGGACUUCCUGGGGUAAAAGGACAGAUGGGAUUGCCUGGUUUGGGGUUGCCUGGCCCUCCAGGAGUCAGAGGUAGCCCUGGAGACUUUGGUGAUACUGGUUAUGUUGGGCCACCUGGUCCAAAGGGCCAGAAAGGUGAGACUGUCUGCAUUACAUUACCAUACCCUGGAAAUCCAGGUCCCCCAGGUUUUAAAGGUGCUCAAGGACUAAAGGGUUUAAAAGGACUCCGUGGUCAUCCUGGACCAAAUGGCUUUGACGGGCAAAAAGGCCGUCGAGGCAGGCCAGGAGCAGGAAUCCCUGGGCCAGAAGGCUUUCGAGGCAAAGCUGGUGAUCCUGGUGAUGAAGGUGAAAGAGGACCUACAGUUGAUGGUAAAAAUGGCCCUCCAGGUCCACCUGGCAUAGAUGGUCAGAAAGGUAUUCCAGGUGAUACCACAUAUGGUCCUCCAGGAAUCCCAGGCAACAGGGGACUGCCAGGACCCGCUGGUGCACAAGGAGCAAGGGGUGAUCCGGGACAGCCUGGUACCCCGGGAUUUCCAGGUGCCAAAGGUUUUAGAGGCCCAGAAGGUGACAUAGGAGCACCAGGCUGUCCAGGCUUCCCUGGUCCACUAUGUGACAUGGGCUUACCAGGCCCACCAGGAUUCAGAGGUGUUAUGGGCCAGCCGGGACCUCAAGGCUUACCAGGCUUUAAAGGUCAGAGAGGAGACAGGGGCCUAGAUGGGCCACCUGGAAUCAAAGGUCUCAAAGGCUCUCCUGGCUCACAAGGUCCCCCAGGUCCUCCAGGCUCUCGAGGACUUCCAGGACUUCCAGGCAAUAAAGGACCACCUGGUUUCCCAGGACGAACAGGAAGCAAAGGGAUUCAAGGACCACAAGGAUUCCCAGGACUGCCAGGAACACAAGGCCCAAUGGGAAUCUCUGGUGUAAAAGGAGAAGAAGGAAAAAUGGGUCCACCUGGGCCUAGUGGAGAAUGUGGGGAUAUGGGAAUAAAAGGACAUGGCACUCAUGAGGAUUUACUUACAUAUGUUUGGUUCAAAGGUGACAGAGGGCCUCCAGGAGACAGUGGCUGUGUUAACAUCCGUCUUGAGAAAGGACAAAAGGGGGAAACAGGGUUUCCUGGUGAGAAUGGAUUUAGCGGUGAAAGAGGCGAAAAAGGCAAUACUGGUUUCAGAGGCACCCCAGGAUUUCCAGGGAAGAAUGGUGUCCCAGGACUGCCAGGCGACCAUGGUGACAUUGGACUGAUGGGGUUUCCAGGAUCACGGGGUUUCCCAGGACCAAAGGGCUUUAAAGGAAUUACAGGUUUACAAGGGCAACCAGGAGACCAGGGUGACUGUGGCUUACCAGGAAUCCCUGGAAAUCCAGGACUGACUGGCCCAAAAGGAUUGAAAGGCAAGAGAGGUGACCCAACUCCCCUGCUUGGUACACAUGGUCGAAAAGGGCCUCCCGGAGAUCCAGGAUUACCAGGACUCUGUGGAUUCCCUGGAGAGACGGGUUCACCAGGUAUCCAAGGGCAACCUGGAAGACCAGGAUCCAAGGGUGACCCUGGAUACCCAGGAAUACCUGGAUUUCCAGGAGCUACAGGUCCUCAGGGAUUGCCAGGAGAACCUGGAGAAAAAGGGAAACAUGGAAUUGUGGGACUUCCAGGAUUGCAAGGAUUAGCUGGAUCCCAAGGCAGAAAAGGUUUUCCUGGACUGCCUGGACUGGACGGCUUGGAUGGACUAAAAGGUCAAAAGGGUUCUGCAGGAGCUCCAGGUCAAAGUGAGACAGGGGCCCCAGGAUACCCAGGAGAACUUGGGCCAAAAGGAGACAGAGGUGAACCUGGAUGGCCUGGUAUUUCUAUUCCAGGCCCCCCUGGAGAAAGGGGCUUCCCAGGCUUCCCAGGUAGAAGAGGACCUGCUGGACCCACUGGACCUAUGGGAAGAUCUCCUGAUAGUGCUUCUCCUGGUCCUCCAGGUGAUCAAGGACCACCUGGUUUAGAUGGCAUCAGAGGACAGCCUGGGAGUCCUGGUCCUCCUGGAGAGACUGUCUUUGUGCGAGGAGAUCCAGGUGAUACCGGUAUUCGAGGGGCACCAGGUAAUCCUGGCCCGCGAGGGCAACAAGGAGCCAGAGGUCCUCCAGGGAACCAAGGAAGAAGAGGACCUAUAGGUCCUAUGGGAAGCCAUGGCCCACAGGGUCCACCUGGUGCUAUAGGACAACCAGGAGACCAAGGUUUUCAAGGAAAACCUGGUCCCAAAGGUCCCACAGGUGACCCUGGUGAACCAGGAAAAAUAGAUGAUUCAUGCCCUGCAAUCCCAGGGCCUCCUGGGGACGCAGGGCAAAGAGGAGGUGAUGGCUCUGUAGGAUUACCAGGGCCAAUAGGCCACCCUGGACCUCAAGGAAGAAAAGGUGAAGAAGGGUCGUGUGGCUUGCGAGGUCAAGAUGGCUUACCUGGGGCACCUGGACCACCAGGUGACCAAGGGAAUAUAGGAGAGCAAGGAUACACUGGGCCACAAGGUCCACCUGGCCAGACUGGUAUCCCAGGACCACCAGGCCCCCAUGUUAGAUCUGCAAGUGGAUUCUUGCUCGUCCUUCACAGUCAAUCAGACAGAGAACCACUGUGUCCACAGGGCAUGCCAAAAUUAUGGACUGGCUAUAGUCUGCUGUACCUGGAAGGACAAGAGAAAGCUCAUAAUCAAGAUCUUGGUCUGGCAGGAUCUUGUCUUCCUGUGUUUAAUACCAUGCCCUUUGCUUACUGCAAUAUCAACCAAGUUUGUUACUAUGCCAGUCGAAAUGAUAAGUCUUACUGGUUGUCAAGUGCUGCUCCUUUACCAAUGACACCGCUCUCUGAAGAAGAAAUACAACCAUACAUAAGCAGAUGUUCUGUCUGCGAGGCCCCAGCCCAGGCAGUGGCAGUUCACAGCCAAGAUCAGUCGAUUCCUCCCUGCCCAGCGAGCUGGAGAAGCCUCUGGAUAGGAUAUUCUUUUCUGAUGCACACUGGAUCUGGUGACCAGGGUGGUGGACAGUCCCUUAUGUCACCUGGAAGCUGCCUAGAAGACUUCAGAUCAGCACCAUUCAUUGAAUGCCAGGGUCAGCGGGGAACAUGCCAGUUUUUUGCUAACGAAUACAGUUUCUGGCUAACAACCGUGAUACCCGAACUGCAGUUUGCAUCAGCCCCCCUGUCAGGAACUCUAAAAGAAGGACAAGAGCAGAGGAGAAAAAUCAGUAGAUGCCAGGUAUGCCUGAAGCAUGGCUAA